AGCAGUCAAGGGAGAGAGACCUUUUGAUUUGCUUCCAAGUGAAACGGGACUGUUUUUUGUUUGUUCCUAGGUUCAUCCGGAAUUGUACGUUGACAAAUCAAGGGGAGAAAAACUGAAGAUCAAUCUAGAUGUUAUUUUCCCACAUAUGCCUUGUGCUUAUUUGAGCAUUGAUGCCAUGGAUGUAGCAGGAGAGCAGCAGCUGGAUGUCGAGCACAAUCUAUUUAAACAACGUUUGGAUAAAGCUGGCAAUCGUGUGACUCCAGAGGCUGAGAGGCAUGAGCUGGGGAAAGAAGAAGAAAAAGUGUUUGAUCCAAAUUCUUUGGAUGCAAAUCGCUGUGAGAGCUGUUACGGGGCAGAGUCAGAGGACAUACGGUGUUGUAAUACUUGUGACGAUGUCAGAGAAGCAUACAGGCGGCGAGGCUGGGCCUUCAAGAACCCGGAUAGCAUAGAGCAGUGCAAGAGGGAAGGGUUUAGCCAGAAAAUGCAAGAGCAGAAGAACGAGGGCUGUCAAGUGUAUGGUUUCCUAGAGGUCAACAAGGUAGCUGGAAAUUUCCAUUUUGCACCAGGAAAAAGUUUCCAACAGUCUCAUGUACAUGUGCACGCUGUUGAGAUUCACGAUCUGCAGAGCUUUGGACUUGAUAAUAUCAAUAUGACACACUAUAUCAAACAUCUCUCGUUUGGAAGGGAUUAUCCAGGCAUUGUGAACCCUCUGGAUGGGACGGACGUCACUGCGCAGCAAGCUUCCAUGAUGUUUCAGUAUUUUGUCAAAGUGGUCCCAACUGUGUAUAUGAAAGUAGAUGGUGAAGUGGUAAGGACCAACCAGUUUUCAGUUACACGACAUGAGAAGAUAGCCAACGGGCUACUAGGAGACCAGGGUCUGCCUGGUGUAUUUGUGCUAUAUGAACUUUCGCCCAUGAUGGUGAAGCUGACAGAGAAACACAGGUCUUUUACACACUUUCUCACAGGAGUUUGUGCCAUCAUUGGAGGCAUAUUUACAGUUGCAGGAUUCAUUGACUCCUUGAUCUAUCACUCAGCACGUGCCAUCCAGAAGAAAAUUGAACUUGGGAAGACAUCAUAA